UCAGAGGUGAGUCGCCUCGGCACCUCCUCAGCGCUGAAUCGUGCGCGUCCCUCUACGUAUCCGCCGCGCUCAGCCGGAGACAGACGCUGCGCGCAUCACACCAGGAGCGCGUCGGAGCUUAAAGCAGAGCCAAACGAGCAAGUGGCGUUUGUAAUUUAUUUACUUGUCCGACCUUUUUAUUUUUUGUCCGUUUCUCCUGUGUAAUUCAUCUUGCGUUAUGGGAUUAUUAAAAGGGAGAUUUAUGCUGCAGAGAGAGAGGUUUUGCACUUCGAGACAAACUUGAAGAUGAAAUCUGCCAUAAACACUAAAAAAUACAGAAGUGGCGUGUUUUAGAAACAGUGAGAUUGAAUCCAGUCGCAGGUCAGAUGCCAUAAUCCACAGGAGACAUUGAGGCAUCAUGGACACUUGGAUCUUCCCAUCAUCUCCUCCGAACCUUUCAGAGCACCUUAUGUAUGACAGCUUCAUGCAGGGCAAUGAGUCCGACAUCAAGGGGAACUACUCAGACCACAGCUUAAACAAAACCAGCACAGUGGUCAUCACCUGCAUGUACUUUCUGGUUUGUGCUGUUGGGCUCUGCGGAAAUGCCCUCGUCAUCUACGUUAUCUUGCGCUACGCCAAGAUGAAGACAGUUACCAACAUCUACAUCCUCAAUCUGGCAGUGGCUGAUGUGCUCUUCAUGCUGGGUCUGCCGUUCAUUGCCAUCCAGCUGGCACUGGUCCAUUGGCCAUUUGGUCCUGUGCUCUGCAGGGUGGUAAUGACAGUGGACUCCCUGAACCAGUUCACAUCCAUUUUCUGCCUGAUGGUGAUGAGCAUCGACCGCUAUCUUGCUGUGGUGCAUCCUAUUAAGUCCACAAAGUGGCGCAAGCCACGCAUGGCCAAGACUAUUAACAUAGCAGUGUGGGGGGUUUCACUGAUGGUUAACCUGCCCAUCGUUAUCUACAGCGGCAUCAUCACAAAGCAUGAUGGCUGUUUCUGCACCAUCGUCUGGCCAGAGCCUCAAGAAGCCUACUACACAGCAUUCAUGUUCUACACCUUCAUCCUUGGCUUCUUCUUGCCCCUCAUGGUCAUUUGCCUUUGCUACUUGUUCAUCAUCAUUAAGGUGAAGUCCUCAGGCAUCCGUGUGGGCUCCUCCAAGAGGAAGCGCUCUGAGAGAAAGGUGACUCGAAUGGUGUCCAUUGUGGUGGCAGUGUUUGUCUUCUGCUGGCUGCCUUUCUAUGUCUUCAACGUGACCUCGGUGACGGGAACCAUCAGUACCACUCCCAUCCUGAGGAGCACCUUUGCGUUUGUGGUGGUUCUAGGUUACGCCAACAGCUGUGCCAAUCCCAUACUCUACGCCUUCCUCUCGGAGAACUUCAAGAAGAGCUUCCAGAAUGUUUUAUGUCUUAAGAAGGUGGGAGGGCUUGAUGAGGUGGAGCGCAGUGAUAGCCGGCAGGAUAAAUCUCGCAUGAUGAAUGAUCCCACGGAGACCCAAAGUACUCUGCUGAAUGGCGACCUGCAGACCAGCAUCUGAGAGAGAGAAAGGUAAUAAGACUCAGUCAUCCGGACAAGCAUCUCUCUGAAACUAAUAACAGUCAGCUCUUAUCAACAUCUGUAAGAUCAAAUCAGAGACAAAGAGGGUGUGAUUAAAUAUUAAACAAGGAGUUCACAGAGGAGCAAGUGGAGCGGCACUGUUCCUCUGUCUGCCUCAACAUGUUGCUGUUGUUUCCCUGACUGUAAACAAAUCCAUUAUGAAAUAACCAGGAGGUCACAUAACUGUUUACUUUGUGCAGAAAAUGAAAAUGAAGCUCUGUGUAUUUACUCUGAGGUAAGGUAGAAGGGACAUGAAAGCCCACUUGCAAACGGUCCACUGGAUGAUGUGAAUUUUCCUGAAGACCCAGAAUUAAAUACAUAGUUUACACGCAGAGGGCCUGUGUCAAAUUUUAGAAGUCCUGUAUUGUGUAAAAAUAACAACAUAAUGUAAAAUAAUAAUAGUAAGUUAAAUAAUACAGUGUUGUUAAAUUUAGCACCCUUAUCAUUCCUCUAUUAAUGUUCCAGUUUAUUUUUAUUAUUUCCUCUGAGAGGUGGUUUGACUGUAAAUAACUGUACAGAAAAUGGACAGAGACUGUAUUCAGAUUCAGAGGAUUUUAUAUUUAUUGUCCUUUAGAUUUCAAACUCUAACUCUGACUUGUGAAUACGUGAUGAUUUUUUUUCUCAGACGCAGAGGCUAAUGGACGUCAGUGCCAUCGAUUCUUGUGUUGUCGUAGGCCUGUAACAGUUAAUAUGUGACCAGUUUUGCUUGUGACUGACAUGUAUCAAAACGUGAACAACAGCCAGCGGGACAAUAUUUCACGUUACUCUCUGCUACACUAUAGCCACAUGCAUAAUUUAUAUUACAUCAGUGAUACUGGUUUGGUUGAUACGCUGAGCCAGGC